GGCAUUUGUAUUGAGAAUACAAGAGAGGAACCGAAAUGUCAAUUUGAUACAGUUGAACGCCGAUAUUAAGAGGGUUAUUAUGGAGAUUACCAAUAAAAGCAAUCUACACCUGCGUAGCAUGGUGUGCGAGUUGGGUCAGUUGUCACGACCUGAUGGCGACGUGACCAUGUUUCAGGGAGAUACCUCCAUCACUACAGCUAUUUAUGGACCUGGAGAGGUGCGCAUGAACAAAGAAAUUAUUAACAAGGCUACAGUAGAGACUGUUUAUAAACCAAAAUCAGGACUGCCUGGAUGUGCUGAAAAGAUGUUUGAAAGAACGCUAAGGAAUACAUGCGAGACAUUCCUUUUAGCAGCAUUGCAUCCCAGAUCAUCUAUUAGUAUCGUUGUGCAGGAAAUUCAGGACUCUGGUUCACUGCUAUCAUGUUGUGUCAAUUCGUGCUGUUUAGCUCUGUUAGAUGCAAGUGUUGCUAUGAAGUUCUUAGUUGCAGCAGUAACCUGUGCCAUAGACAGUGAAGAAUGUAUUAUCCUAGACCCAACAGCCAAGCAGGAAAAGAACAGCCUUGCUAUACUGACUUUCGUGUUUGAGAACAAGGAUCAUUCCAUCCUGACAGUGUAUACCACAGGGAGUUUCACUGUUCAACAGUUCCAGCAGUGUUCACAAACAUGCAGAGAGGCAAGCAGAGCAGUCUUUGACUUCUACCGAACUUCCAUAGAAAAGAAACUUUCUAAGGCAACCUAAUUGAUUUUAAAUUUAUUUUCAUACAAUCGUCAACAUUCGUCAGUUUUCAGCAUCAGAUGAUCUGCUCAAAUCACUUUUCGUCUGCAGUCUGCCCUGAAGAUUUCAUACCAUGAUACAUGUCACAGAAAAAAUUA